CCGCGCUUUACUUGUUCUCCGCCGCCAUAGAUCCGAUACACACCACCCUGUAAUGGAUCACAAGUGGCUUAAUUUCAGGUGAUGCUGAUACUGAUCCCACCACCCGAAUCCAUGUUGAGAUGUUUUCGUCCGAGGAAGGUCAAUGGAAAAGCUAUGUGGUUACCUCCCCGGUGGUCUUACUAUGCCGGAAACCUUUGAACUACAUGGUUCCCUUUAAGGGGAUGCUACAUUGGCUCAAUUACCCUUAUGUUGUGGUGUUUGAUCCUUGUAAUGUGCCCGAAGAGAUUUCUCGUGUCAUUCUUAUGAAGAUAGAUACCCGUGCCCGUACUCUCCCCUUCAUUGAUAGCUUUGGUGUCUACUAUGGUCGUCUCCGUGCAUCCCACUCUACCAAUCCCAUUUAUCAAUGUGUGCGGGAGCUUCAGGACUAUGAUGCCGAGAAGUGGAGUUUGGUGCAUAAGUUUGAUGCACCCGAAAAGAAUUGGGUGCAUUAUGUCCAUCUGGAUGGAAACAUAGUUUAUGGGAAAAUGAAGUCUUCUAUAUGGAUUUCCAACUUGCUGACUGGAGGGAUGGAUCAAAAGUACGAGUUGGUCCGAGGUGUUCGACAACGUGGAGAACUAUCUCAUGUGAGUGCCCAUCUGAUCGGCAAUGAGUGGUGGCCAACAACAGUGCCAUCUAUCCGCUCCUCUCCGGAGUGAAUAGUUUAUAGGACAAGUGAAGAAGACGAAGACAUGGGCAACAAGUUGAAGAGUUUCAUUCAUGGUGAUAUAUAUUAAGGAUUGUUAUUUUGGAACAACAACAAAUACAACCCAGUUGA